AGCGACAACCUUUAGCUGCUGGAGCUAGCUGGCUAGCGACCAAGAUGGAGUACACUAGUAAAAGCUUUGUUUCCAUCGGGGUUUCUUUAACCUUUUUCAAGAGGAGGACAUGACAUCCGGAUGCGUUAAGGUGUACAAGUUUUGGGACAUCGGGUCGAAUAGAGUUCGUUUGUGGGGUUCGACGCCAGUUAAACCGCUGUAACGUAAGCUAGCUGUAUCGGCUUCACGGCUCCCGAGGUCUCUUAUAUAAAAACAACGGCUGCGUUCACCUGAGCAAAGACGGGUCUGGGGGUCUGUAGCCAAACUAUGUACAAUUUAUCCCCCACUUCCACGAACUGUCAACUAUUUUAAAACCUAAACUUGGCCUUUGUUGAGUUUAUAGAGUAUCUUAACGGCAAGUUAGCGCGGUAGACCAAUUGGAAAUUAAGCUUCUUAUUUGCUAACGUUAAGCUCGGAGGAUUUUACCCUCUGGCUGCCGACUAAACAUAAAAAUGCCGUAGGGUUGUUUUCCUUCUCUUCCAAAAGCAACGUUAUGAGGAAAGUUUCUGUUUGUGGCCGACAGACGUUAUUGGACCGCCUCCUUACUGCGAAGUGGGCGACAGAGGUUUGAUAAGCGGAAAGCUUCGUUAGUAAAUAACACCGACCUUCCACCUCCUAGAAGCCAUAGCCGGUGUUUGCAUUGAACCCCUGCUACCCUGCUAACUUCAUUUGCUGUUGGGUGUUUGGGGGACUUUGACAUCGACCAGCAAUGUUACACAGACAUCCUAUUUUAUCGGGGUUGAGGUCGUCUGACUCGGAAUUAGUUCUAACCUACUUCCAAUGGCCAGCAGUCGGAGGUUUGGUUUGAGAGCGAGAUGUUAAAUGGUCGUAAGCCUUACUUUAGGAGUAUGAUUUCUGAGCACCGUGGGGUGUUAGGUCUGCUUUUGCCAGACUGUCAGUGACCCUCUUCGAAAGUCUUAGUAUCUGCUUUUCCCCUUGGGAGAAGAAGAUGGAGACUGGAGUACGGUCUCACCAGGGCGAGUUGUUCGUCCACCCACUCUCCAACCCCGGGGCUGCGGGGAUCUGCCCCGAAAUGCUGGAGGUGGCAGAGGAGGCCAACCGGGCUGGGGACUUUAGCCUGGCCGUGGAGAUAUAUAGUUCCCAGCUUGCAGACCUCCAACAGCCGGACAGGGGUUUGUGUCUACGGAAGGCUGACUCCCUGGCCCGCGCGGGACGGAUUUCUGAGGCACUGGACUCGUACUGCACAGCGGCCAGCCUUGGUAAACUGCGUCCGGAGGAGCUUCCCCUCCUGGUGGAAACCAUCGCCCGUACUCUCCGUGAGAAAGAGCUGGGCAUCACCGGGACUUUAAGUCAUGGUAAAAACAGGAGCAGCAGCAGUAGCAGCGGGGAAGAUGGGGAUGAAAGUAAUGGGGAGUGUGAAGAGGAUGAAGCCCUGGACUUGUUCUCUUGUCGCCUCUGCAAGUGUCUGCUCCAUGAGCCCACAACCGUGGAGUGCGGGCAUACUUUCUGCAAACGCUGCUUAGAGGACGAAACUGUCAAGGACUGUUUACAAUGCAAACAAAAGUUGAUCAAAAAAGAUGGUCUGCCAAACGGCCGAAGAUCAAACGUAGUCCUCAGCGGCCUGUUGGAUAAACUGUUUGCCACUGAGAGUAAAGCUAGGAAAUUCUGGGUCGAAGGAGAGGUUUUGUGGAAAAAACAGAACCUCUCGGAUGCCUUGGAGAAGUAUAAUGCAGCCGUGGAUCUAGUGCCCUCUUCAGGCAGACUGCUGUGUCAACGGGCUGAGUUGCACAUGGAGAUGAGGAACUUCAGCCAGGCACUGCAGGAUGCCAACAGUCUCUGUAGAAUAAAACCUCUUUGGACAAAGGCUCACUAUCUGAAAGCCACAGCGCUGAGUAAAGCAGGCCGGAAUGAUGAGGCCUUGCAGGAGUACUUCCUGUGUGUCGCGCUAAAGCCUGACUGGACCAAAGUCAAACUGGAGGCUCAGAAGGUCCUUAGCGAGCUGUUCUCCUCUGUGUUUGAGAACGAGGACCUGCCAACACCGCUGCAUCCUCUGCAGGGAGGGUUGGCCACCCGCCUCAUCAAACCCCCUGCCUUGCUUAGGUCCCUGAGGCCGCUCACACAACCACCGGGCUCCUCCUCACAGGACUCAGAGUUCAGUAUGGCCAAAAGCGCGCCAGUGGACAACCCGUGUGCCAGACUGUCUGUUCUGACGCCUGCUAAAUCGGACCCCGCUGCAGGGGAGGGCAGCACAAAGAGCCUGGCCAAAGUUCUGGCUGCUCUGCCCGCGCCCCCUGGUGGCCUUAAGAGGAAGCACAGCAGUGAUGGAGCCUCAGCAACCUCGAACCCCCCCUCCAAACUCCUCAGACCUGAUGAGGCGAGCGGCUUUCAGACGGUCUCGGUGUGCGGAGGGAGGAUGGUUCCUGCUGAACUGUUGGACAGUGGAGACAUGGAGUGCUCACUCUGCAUGAGAUUGUUCUAUGAGCCUGUGGCCACUCCCUGCGGACACACCUUCUGCCUCAAAUGUCUGGAGCGCUGCCUGGACCACAACCCCAACUGUCCUCUGUGCAAGGAGAAUCUGUCUGAGUAUCUGGCCACCAGGGGUUACAACAAGACCCUGCUGAUGGAAGAAGUGCUGCAACGUUACCUAGGAGACGAGCUGGCAGAGAGGAAGAAAAUCCAUGAAGAGGAGAUGAAGGAGUUGUCCAACUUGAACCAGGAAGUGCCCAUCUUUGUGUGCACCAUGGCCUUCCCCACCAUCCCCUGCCCGCUGCACGUGUUUGAGCCACGGUAUCGCCUCAUGAUCCGCCGCUCCAUGGAGACUGGUACCAAGCAGUUCGGCAUGUGCAUCGCUGAUGAGCUCAAAGGUUUUGCUGACUAUGGCUGCAUGCUGCAGGUGCGAGAUGUGAAGUUCUUUCCUGACGGACGUUCAGUGGUCGACACCAUCGGUGUGUCACGGUUCAAGGUCCUCAGCCACGGCCAGAGAGACGGCUACAACACCGCCAAGAUAGAGUACCUGGAAGACAAGAAGGUGGAGGGGGAGGAGCUGGUGGAGCUUCUGAAGCUCCACGACUCGGUGUAUGACCAGGCCAACAGCUGGUUCACGUCGCUCAAAGACAACAUGAAGAGCCAGAUACUCAGCCACUUCGGACACCUUCCCAGCAAAGACCCCGACCCACAGGCCAGUCCCAGUGGUCCGGCCUGGUGCUGGUGGCUGCUUGCUGUCCUUCCGCUGGAGAAUCGAGCCCAGCUCACCAUCCUGGCCAUGACCUCCCUCAAGGAUCGCCUCAUUGCCAUCCGCAGGGUCCUCAUCUUCGUCACUCGCAAGAGGCCGCGAUGACUGCCCAGCCGCUCGGGAGACAGACCGUAAACGCUCGGGCUUCUAUGCAGUUCAGCACUUUUUUUGGUCAUUCAGUCCCUCGUUGAUUGACUCAUUCACUCGUUUAUACAUCGAUUAAUUCAUUUCUUUCACUCGUCUGCUUCUACAUCAGUUCAUUGUCUCAGAUGCUCAUGAACUUCUUCCUGUGCCAUGCAGCCUUUCUGAGCACAUACGUCUGUUCUGUUAAGUGUCAGGUGGGUUGGGAUGCUGGAAUGAGGGCAUUCCCUUCUCUUCUGUCUAUCUGUUCAUCCAGCCAUCCCCCCCACCAACAACUUGAUUGACUAAAUUAACCUACAACACUCUUUUGAACGAGUGACCUCUCACCUCUUGUUCUUUGUUAAGUCUGAGGUAGAAGCAGUCCGGCUGAGCCGUGUCACUUCCAUUUAGGUUGCGUCUGGGUGAUUUGACUCCGUUAUGAAGGAACAAAAACCCGUUAUCACAAAGGCAGUGUGAGCAGGAAAGGAUCAGGUUCAAGAGGAAUUCGUUUUUCCUGCAUACACAAAACAGUAUUUCACAUAAGCUCAGAGAGAAGGUGGCCUGUCACAGAGCCGGGUGGCCUCCCGCAUCCACAGCCGUGACAGCUUGUACAGGUACGGAAUCAAAACAAAAACUCACUUACUGAAAUAUGAAGCAAAAACAAAAGCAUGACGGUAACACACAAAAGUGAAUGUACUGGUCUGGGUGUAGUAUGUGGAUGUCUUUCCUUAUUUUUUAUUUUUUUUUUCUCCGUACUACAUUUAUAGUCUGUUCGGUGAGGGGUGAGGUGCACGAGGUCAUAUCCCUGUAUGUGCACCAGCUGCUUGCAUCAGCUGCUUCACUUGAAAUCUUCCUGACUGAGCCAAAACUCAUGUGAGCAAAAACCUGGAACGUUCUCUUUGCUGCCUCACUCAGCAGUGGGCAUGUACCUCAGACUGUCCGAGAGAAAGGAAUGGGCCCCUUGAGAGUCAGUGUGUAUCAAGAUAGGACUGUGAUUAUGCCCAUGCUCACACUAACAACCACAGUGAGAACAAGUGCAACUCUACAGCAACUCUACAGCGACAUGCUUUACUUGUUUAGAAAGAAGAGUUAACAUAUGAUUGAGGAGUAGACGUAAGUCGGGCUAUCACUAAAGUUCUGUUUGCAUUUAGGAAAAUGCAGAUUCAAAUGAUCCUCCCAGAUACGUGUGGUCUGGAACUGUUGUGUCCUAUUGUAGCAUAUCUCUGGGACUUCAAAUACAGACUUAGCUAUAGAGGUUUUUGUUUCUCUCUCUGCUAUGCCCUUAAAUGUAUGUGUAUGGUGAAAUUUUAUGUUGGGUGAUUUAUAUGUAUAUCAGUGUAACUCGGAGGCCUUUUUUAACGUUUUAUUUAAGAAACACUUCGACCUCUCUCUCUCUUUCAAUCUCUUUCUCUCUGUCAGUACAUUUACAUGCACACUGUAAUGCAAUUCCUGUGCUUAAAGUUGCCCUGUGGAGUUUUCUUGUAAACUAACAGUUAUGUUUAUAAUCAGUGUUUCUCACCAAAACACAUUGUGUGUAUCCUUGAGUCCUGACAAAUGUGCUGAAUGGUUUUCCUUUCUCAUCAAUCAUUUGCAAAGUGGAUUAUUUUGAAAAAUAUUUUUGAACUUCCACUAUUUGGUCUCUCUUUCUCUGCCUUUACUGCUGCCAUGUUGUGCACUUUGGUGAAACCAGGGGCACUAUUGGUGGUCAAAAAGUAAACUGGAUACUUGGAACAAAAUCGGUUAAAUGUUAUGUGGUGAUUACAGGUACCAUGUAGAAUUUUUUGACCAUGUGUUAAACAUGUCAGGAAACAUAACAAUUCGCCAAAAAUUGCAGAGAGGAAGAAGAUUUGUAGUUGAUGUAAACAUGGAUGUAAACAAUGCUUCAAAGGUUUCAAAAUAUUCAAACCAUCAGCUUUGCAAAUGUUUUGGCAAAUGAGGCUUCAGUUUGUUUUGGUGUGAAACUGAAUGUAAUCCUAACUGUGUUUGUUAAGAAGAAUAUUCUCCAGCGUAUCUUUUAAUGUCUGGAAGGAUGGAUGGUGAGGGAAAUGUUGAUGGUUUAAAUUGAACGAUCUCUGUAGGUCAUAAAAUGAAAUCAAGUACAAGCUACGGAAACUCCCAAGAGCGAAGACCAGUCUUCAUCACAUUACGCUUAACUUUAAGCUGGUUAAGUUGUUUGCAUAGAACAGCAGUGGAUGUGAUUGCAUUAUUAGCAUGCAUGCAAAUGCACUGCUUCUCUGUAUAAUUUGGUCCUUCCAAAAGUUUGUGACUCCACUGCAGUCGCUGGCUCUCCGUACGGGAGCUGUGUUCACAAUGUGCUGCAUUUCCCUGGUAUAUUUGUAAAGGGAGCUCUUAUACCUAUUUUUUAUUGCAAAUAAAGAAAAACACAUCCUUA